UCCAUGAUUGCUGGGUCUCUGGGCCACGCUCAGGGCUGGACCUCGUUGAAAGCUCCGUGGAGACCUGCCCAGUGAACAAAUGAGCCGCAAUCAGGGACACACACCCACAGACACGUGCUUAGAUCGCUGGGGACCCAGAGAAGCUGUCGCAUCUGAAAGCAUUAACAAGGCAAGCCCGACCUACGCCGAAGCUUCGAUGUCUCAUCCCUGUGGAACUGACCCCCCCCACAGUGGGAAGAGGAGGAUGUGGAGCCCAAAUCUGAUCCGUGUGUGAGCCAGCUGAACUCGGGAGCUGUUCCCAGGGAAGUGACGUUCUAUAGCCGCCACCGCCCACCCCCCAGCCCUGGGCCUCCCUAUUUGACACACUCAGCUGGGGGCAACAGAACAAAUUCCAAGACAAAAGUUUCAAGAGCGAUGAUUCAGAGGCUCGCAGAGGACAUUUAUGGCCCAUCAAGGAGGAACGUUCUGGGAGCUCUGGCCUUAGGUGUCAUGCCCAUUUGGGGCCAGCCAACAUUUGCCCUUGGGGAAGACUUAAGGAAACACCAGACUGUGCUGACCGACGACGAGAUCGAGGAGUUCCUCGAGGGCUUCCUGUCGGAGCUGGAGUCCGAGCCCCGGGAGGACGACGUGGAGGCCCCACCACCCCCUGAACCCACCCUUCCCGUCCGCAAAGCCCAGACAGGGGGCAAGCCGGGGGUGCGUCCGGGGGUGGCCUCAGAGGCACCUCCAGGAAAAGCCAAAGACAAAGGGAAGAAAGGAAAGAAGGACAAAGGCCCCAAGGCGACCAAGCAGCCCCCGGAGGCGUCCUCCAGGCCACCCAAGAAGCCCAAGGAGAAGCCGCCCAAGGAGAAGCCGCCCAAGGCCACCAAAAAGCCCAAAGAGAAGCCACCCAAGGCCACCAAGAAGCCCAAGGAGAAGCCACCCAAGGCCACCAAGAAACCCAAGGAGAAGCCACCCAAGGCCACCAAGAGGCCUCUGCCUGGGAAGAAGGCCCCCAUCCCAACCCCCUCCGAAAGCCCAAAGUGGCCACUGCCCCCACUCACCAGCCCCGGCCUCGAGGAGCUGCCCCAGGAGGGAGACGGGCCCCUCCCAGAUCCCUGGCAGGGUCCAGCAGGAGAGACCGACGUGGAGCGCCAGCCUGAGCCAGAGGAGGAGACGGAGCAGCCCACGCUGGACUACAACGACCAGAUAGAGCGGGAGGACUACGAGGACUUUGAGUACAUCCGGCGCCAGAAGCAGCCCAGGCCGCCCCCCAGCAGGAGAAGGCCGGAAAAGCUCUGGCCUGAGCGCCCUGAGGAGAAGGCUGAGCCGCCCGGGCCGGGGUUCGAGGCCCCGGAGGAGAGGAUCGAGCCGCCUCCGAAGCCGCUGCCACCCAACUAUGGGGAAGGCUACGUGAUCCCCGACUACGACGACAUGGACUAUUACUUCCGGCCUCCCAGGCCCCAGAAGCCUGACCCUGGCCUGGAAACAGAUGAGGAGAAGGAGGAGCUGAAGAAACCCAAAAAGGAGGGCAGCAGGCCCAAGGAGGAGGAGACGGAUGACAAGUGGACUGUGGAGAAGGGCAAGGACCACAGAGGGCCCCGGAAGGGUGAGGAGCUGGAGGAGGAGUGGGCUCCCGCAGAGAAAAUCAAGUGCCCCCCCAUCGGGAUGGAGUCGCACCGCAUCGAGGACAACCAGAUCCGGGCCUCCUCCAUGCUGCGCCACGGCCUGGGGGCACAGCGUGGCCGGCUCAACAUGCAGGCCGGCGACACUGAGGACGACUACUACGACGGGGCGUGGUGUGCCGAGGACGACUCUCAGACCCAGUGGAUCGAGGUGGACACCAGAAGGACCACCAAGUUCACGGGCGUCAUCACCCAGGGCCGCGACUCCAGCAUCCAUGACGACUUCGUGACCUCCUUCUUCGUGGGCUUCAGCAAUGACAGCCAGACAUGGGUGAUGUACACCAACGGCUACGAGGAAAUGACCUUCCAUGGGAACGUGGACAAGGACACACCCGUGCUCAGCGAGCUCCCAGAGCCGGUGGUGGCCCGUUUCAUCCGCAUCUACCCACUCACCUGGAACGGCAGCCUAUGCAUGCGCCUGGAGGUGCUGGGGUGCCCCGUGUCCCCUGUCCACAGCUACUAUGCACAGAACGAGGUGGUGACCACCGAUGACCUGGACUUCCGGCACCACAGCUACAAGGACAUGCGCCAGCUGAUGAAGGUGGUGAACGAGCAGUGCCCCACUAUCACCCGCACAUACAGCCUAGGGAAGAGCUCGCGUGGGCUCAAGAUCUACGCCAUGGAGAUCUCGGACAACCCUGGGGAUCACGAGUUGGGGGAGCCUGAGUUCCGCUACACAGCUGGUAUCCAUGGCAACGAGGUGCUAGGCCGAGAGUUGCUGCUGCUACUAAUGCAGUACCUGUGCCGCGAGUACCGAGACGGGAACCCGCGCGUGCGCAGCCUGGUGCAUGACACACGCAUCCACCUGGUGCCCUCGCUGAACCCUGACGGCUACGAGGUGGCAGCGCAGAUGGGCUCAGAGUUUGGGAACUGGGCGCUGGGACUGUGGACCGAGGAGGGCUUUGACAUCUAUGAGGACUUCCCGGAUCUCAACUCUGUGCUCUGGGGAGCUGAGGAGAGGAAAUGGGUCCCCUACCGGGUCCCCAACAACAACCUGCCCAUCCCUGAACGCUACCUGUCUCCAGAUGCCACGGUGUCCACGGAGGUCCGGGCCAUCAUUGCCUGGAUGGAGAAGAACCCCUUCGUGCUGGGAGCGAACCUGAACGGCGGUGAGCGGCUCGUGUCCUACCCCUAUGACAUGGCCCGCACGCCCAGCCAGGAGCAGCUGCUGGCCGCGGCCAUGGCAGCCGCCCGGGGAGAGGACGAGGAAGAGGCAUCUGAGGCCCAAGAGACCCCAGACCAUGCCAUCUUCCGCUGGCUGGCCAUCUCCUUCGCCUCUACCCACCUCACCAUGACCGAGCCCUACCGGGGAGGGUGCCAAGCGCAGGACUACACUGGCGGCAUGGGCAUCGUCAACGGGGCCAAGUGGAAACCCCGCUCUGGGACUGUCAACGACUUCAGUUACCUGCACACCAACUGCCUGGAGCUCUCCAUCUACCUGGGCUGCGACAAGUUCCCGCACGAGAGUGAGCUGCCCCGAGAGUGGGAGAACAACAAGGAAGCUCUGCUCACCUUCAUGGAGCAGGUUCACCGCGGCAUCAAGGGGGUUGUGACGGACGAGCAGGGCAUCCCUAUCGCCAACGCCACCAUCUCCGUGAGCGGCAUUAACCAUGGAGUGAAGACAGCAAGUGGUGGCGAUUACUGGCGCAUCCUGAACCCCGGGGAGUACCGCGUGACGGCCCACGCGGAGGGCUACACCCCGAGCUCCAAGACCUGCAACGUGGAUUACGACAUCGGGGCCACCCAGUGCAACUUCAUCUUGGCUCGCUCCAACUGGAAGCGCAUCCGGGAGAUCAUGGCCAUGAACGGGAACCGGCCCAUCCCGCGCAUCGACCCGUCGCGCCCCAUGACCCCCCAGCAGCGGCGCAUGCAACGCCGCCGCCUGCAGUACCGGCUGCGCAUGCGUGAACAGAUGCGGCUCCGGCGCCUGAACGCCACCACCAGCCCCUCCACCGUCCCCACGUCGCCCCCCACCCCCCCGACACUGCUCCCCACCCCCUCCUUCGCCCCCUCCGCCGCCCCGAGUUCUACCCUGGGGCCCUGGCACUUUCCACCCGAGACCACAGCUGACUGGGAGGAGUCAGAGACCGAGACCUACACGGAGGUGGUGACGGAGUUUGGGACAGAGCUGGAGCCCGAGGAGGGGGAGGAGGAGGAGAGAGAGAUGGUCACGGGCCAGGAGAUCCCCUUCACCACAGUUGAGACCUACACAGUGAACUUUGGGGACUUCUGAGAACAGGUCUGCCAACGCGCGAGCUUGCACCAGUAGUCACAUUGCCUUGGCCUGCUCAGCGGCCAUCAGCAAACAGAAAGACCCCCGGUGUGGACCCUGCCAGGAGGGGGCAUGAAUGUGAUGGAGACCUAGGAGCCAGGGUCUGUGUCAGGCGUCUGCUCCACCUGCCGCUCUGCUGCAGGGCCGGGGUGGGGCAGCUUGAGCGAGUCCAGGGGAGGGGGGGCAGACUUCUCAACUAUCUGCUCAGGCCACACCAAUAAACCAAGCUCAC